CUAAGCUGGGUGUGCCUGUGAGGAAUUCUAAACGAAGUGCAUUUCUGUGUGAUCAGAGCUGCGCAUUGCUGUCAUGCUCAGUUUACCCAGCGCCUCGGCCUUUCACACACACACGCACUGAAGUGAAGACUGCAACGUCUGCUCAGGCAGAGUGGGCGGGAUGAUUGGGACCAUCUGCGAAUGGUUCUGGUGGGACCGCCUCUGGCUGCCCGUCAACCUGACAUGGGCAGAUCUAGAAGACAAGGACGGCCGGGUCUACGCCAAAGUGUCUGACUUAUACAUAACUUUGCCUUACUCACUAGGUUUCCUCAUAGUGCGCUACAUCUUUGAAAGGUUUGUAGCAGUGCCGUUUGCAACCGCCCUGAGUGUAACAGAGAAGAAUAGACAGAAAGUCCAGUACAACCCUAUUCUGGAACAUUAUUUCACUUCCUGUUCCAAAACCCCAGGACAGGCAGAUAUUCAAGGCCUGUCAAAAAAAUGUAGCAUCUCCAGUAGACAGGUGGAGUGCUGGUUCAGGAAGAGACGCAACCAGGAGCGUCCAGGGGUCCUGAAAAAGUUCAGAGAGGCCAGCUGGAGAUUUGUCUUUUACCUAGGAGCCUUUAUUGGCGGCAUUGUAGCCCUGUAUGAUAAACCCUGGUUUUACGAUUUACGAGAAGUGUGGAAUGCUUAUCCAAAACAGUCCAUGUUGGAGUCUCAGUACUGGUACUACAUCCUGGAGAUGAGCUUUUACUGGUCUCUUCUGUUCAGCAUCACGUUCGAUGUGAAACGAAAAGACUUCAAGGAGCAGAUAAUUCACCACUUGGCCACAUUGACGCUGCUGGCGUUUUCCUGGUGUGGAAACUAUAUUCGAGUGGGAACGUUGGUCAUGCUUGUUCAUGAUGCCUCUGAUGUGUUUCUGGAGUCUGCCAAGAUUUUUAACUACGCCAAAUGGGAGAAAACCUGCAAUGGCAUUUUUGUUCUGUUCGCUGCUGUGUUCAUGGUGACAAGACUUGUUAUCUUUCCAUUUUGGAUCAUUCACUGCACGUGGGUCUACCCACCUGACUACUACCCUGUUUUCUUCGGGUAUUACUUCUUUAAUGCUGUGCUUGUCAUCCUAUUGAUGCUACACAUAUUCUGGGCCUACCUGAUCCUCCGCAUGGUGAAGAAAUUUCUCUUUGGGAGUUUAACCAAAGAUGAGAGGAGUGACAAUGAAGAAGACGAAGACGAUGAAGGGGAGAACAGCACACUCGAGGACCAUGAUGGACACCCAAAAGUCACCAAUGGCUGUGGAGCCAACCAUCACUAACCAACUGGACACUUCUGCAGUUUCUCCUGUUGCUGAUGACUGAAGGAACCUAAUGAAGUUUUUUUUCCCUCUUUUUUUUAGUUUUUAUUUUUUGGAUGAAGACCUAGACUCCUAUGGUGUUCAGCCUCAAUUGGCUUCAGACUAUGAGAGACACUUUUGAUUUAUUACAACCAUGAAAGUGCCAGAGACUUGACCAGAAACACACUUCUAUCUGUCGGCAAUACAAACCCAAACAAGUGCUUGUUUCCUUUUCCUUAGUGCCAAUAGAGACUGAUUGCCUUGGCUCCUCCAUUGUGGCCACACUCUCUAUAUGAACCACAAACCAACCAAGAAGAAAAAGAUCCCAAAAUGAAAAAUUUUCCAUUGUGCUUAAUCUGAUCCUUAUUGUUCAUUGGAACACAAUACUACAGAGUGACCUGGAUGCUGCUGAGGCUCCUCUGCUGUUUCUCAUCAGUGAGAUGAAAUCAUACUAUUGUUUUUUUUUACCUUGCAUGAAGACACUACAGAAAAAAAAAUCCUAAUCCCAUGAAUCCCAUGAUCUUGUAUUGAAAA